AGGAGAAGCGGGCUUGGAGUCGAGCUCGCCAGUAAGUUUCUCCGCGGUGGGGACGACGGGAAAUGGCUGCGGCGACGGCUGGUGCUUCGGGAUGGAGGCUCGCUGAGUGCUUCUGAAUCUGGCUUUGAACAUUUUGGGGCCAAGGAUUUGCAGAAGAGGUGACUGGAGUUGUUAAUGGACAUCUGUUUUCACGGCAUGGCCCAAAUAUCUAGCAGCAAUGAAGUCAAACAGCGUUCAUCGCCCUCUUUGGGCACAGCAAAGGCAAAAGAAGUGGACAAAGAGGAGGCGCUGCAGAUGGAAGCUGAGGCUCUAGCUAAGAUGCAAAAGGAAAGAGUGGUAGCUGGUAACAGACAAAGUGUUGACAUUUUAAGCAACUCUUGGCCAACUGUACAAUCCCACAGGAAACAGGACCAUGAUCUUAUGGUGUUUCCAGAGUCCGAUGCCAAGAGAAAGAUGGAUGAUAAGUUAAAUACAAUUGAGAUAGAAAAACUAAGCCAUGCUGAGCUAGAGAAACUACUACUUGAGGACAGUUCUGAGUCAAGCAAGCACACCACGUUGCCAGCAACUCCUAUUCUGAGUUCAUCAUUUUCUUCACAGUUUUAUGCCAACCCUACUAUUCAAAGAGGACAGUGGACACCUGGGUUUCCUGGGCCUUCUACUUGCACUGUACCUUCUAUUUACCCAGCAAAUUCUUACAGCAAACAAGUUGGUAUCUUUCAGAAUGGCUUCCAUCCAGGUAUGUCCACUUACCAGUCUUCAAAGCCUAUUUAUCUAAGUCUUCCAGAGAGGUCCCAGUACAUUACAUAUGCACUGCCUGCUACUUCAGCCUUCCAUCCACAGAGAAGUUUGCCUAUAUAUCAGCCAACACUUACCCCUGAAAUGGCAAAAGUAUUUGAUAAGAUAGCAAGCACUUCAGAAUUUCUGAAAAAUGGGAGAUCAAGCACAGACUUAGAAGUGACUGCUACUAAAUCUACAGUUAACUUACCAACCUCUGAAAACUCCAGUGAUAUUAGUAAAUUUGAUUGGUUGGAUUUGGAUCCUUUAAGUAAACCGAAAGUCGACAGUAUGGAUAUAUUGUAUACGGCAGAAGAUGAUGCAAAGGUGACUUGUAGUACAGUUGUAGAAGAUCCUUGGGAUGCUGUGCUACUGGAGGAGAAAUCCCCAGGGAAAUGUCGUCUUGAAAGAAAAGUUAGUGGGAAGUCUUCUUCUGGGGCAACAGUUACAAGAAGUCAGUCUUUAAACAUUCGAACCGCUCAGCUUACUAAAUUACAGGGCCAAACAUCACAGACAGACAAUGGGACCAGUAACCUGCCAACAGGAAAUAAAUUUCUCAAAAAUGGUGAUGGCCAAGACCAAGAACAAGCAGCAUUUUGUGAUGCCAUUGCAAAGUUGAGGACCAAGUUUCCCCAUGACAAUCUUGAUACAAACUCAGGCUUUGUGCUGAGCCCAGUAAUGUUGCAAAGAAACAUCAGUGGAGAGAACUCAAGCAUCAAGAUUUCAAUAGAAAUUGAAGGUUUCCAACAGCCAGUGAUAUUUACAUGUGAUGCAAGUUCUCCAGUUGAGCUUAUAAUAAUGCAAGCACUUUGCUGGGUGCACGAUGACUUGAAUGAUGUAGACAUUGACAGUUAUAUCUUGAAGGUUUGUGGACAAGAAGAAGUUUUGCAGAAUAAGCACGGUGUAGGAAGCCAUGAAUACAUUCAGAACUGCCGAAAGUGGGACACGGAUAUUAAACUGCAGCUCUUGACCCGCAAUGUUAUAUGCAGAGAUUUGGCACGAACAGAAGAUGAUGACAGUACACCUGUAGAUUUGACGAAGCAUCUUUAUCAUGUAGAAAAGCUUUUCAGAGAAAGCAUUCAAAGUCAGUCUCUUGAAGAGCUGUUGGAAGCUUAUCAUAAUCAAGUCGAUAAACUACUUAAGAAUGAGAACCAGACUAAAGCUGUAGAUCAUAUCAUUAAAUCUGUUCGAAAAAUUUGCUAUACAUUGGAUGGGGUAGAGACUCCUGCAAUUACAACAUCUGUAAAGAAGCUAAGAAGAGUAGUUAACCUUCCAAGGAGUGCGAGUCCUGAGGUGUCUUUAACAUCUUCUGAUGAGACUAGCAAGAAUGCAGUUGGUGCCUUGCAACUUGAAAACCCUCUGCAAACGAGCAUAGAUCAGCUGACCUCAGCAGUAUAUGCUCUUCUUCAACUCCACUUGAACUCGUGCAGCAGUCCCUUAAACACUCCAAAGAUUCAGAAAAGCACUAAAGAAGCAUGGACUGCCACAGAGCACCUCCAGUUCACAAUAUUUGCAGCGCACGGAAUCCUUAGUAGCUGGGUCUCUGUUUACGAAAAAUACUAUUUGGUUUGUUCUCUUACCCACAAUGGAAGAGAUCUUUUCAAACCUGUGCAGUCCAAGAAGGUUGGCACUUAUAAGAAUUUCUUCUAUUUGAUUAAAUGGGAUGAAUUAAUAAUUUUUCCUAUACAGAUCUCUCAGUUGCCAUUAGAAUCCAUCUUAUGCCUUACCCUCUUUGGAAUAUUAAAUCAAAAUGGUGGUAGUUCACCAGAUUCCAAUAAACAGAGAAAAGGCCCUGAAAUGUUGGGUCAAGUUUCCUUACCUCUUUUUGAUUUUAGGCGAAUGUUGACUUGUGGAACAAAACUUUUACACCUUUGGACACCUCCCACAAACCUUGUCCCUGGAGCGGUCCAUAAAAAAGGAAAUUUAAUGGAAAAAAUAGUAUUGCAGAUUGAUUUCCCUUCCUUAUCAUUUGAUAUUGUAUACAAAAUUCCUCAAGCUGCAAACAGUACCACAUGUCAUUCCAUAGAAACAUUGGAAAAAGAUUCAAGAGAGCGUCUUCUUUCCAUUCUUUCCAAGGAGGGUACACUUGGAUUGUCUAGAAAGGAUAAAGCAUUUUUGUGGGAGAAGAGACAUUAUUGCCAUACAGAGCCAAGCAGCCUUCCAAAGAUAUUGGCCAGUGCACCAAACUGGGAUAUGACAAAUCUGUCUGAAAUAUAUUUGCUGCUUCAGCAGUGGCCUCCCUUACCUCCUCUGACUGCAUUAGAAUUGCUGGACUACAACUUUGCAGAUCAGGAAGUAAGAACAAGAGCUGUGCAGUGGAUUGAGGCAAUUAGUGAUGAUGAACUUGCUGACUUUCUUCCCCAGUUUGUGCAGGCACUCAAAUUUGAAACCUAUCUGGACAACGCUCUAGUCAGAUUCCUUUUGGCCCGAGCAUUAGGAAAUAUUCGAAUAGCACACUAUUUAUAUUGGUUACUGAAGGAUGCCUUGCAUGAUAUCAAACAUGGUGUAAGGUAUGAGCAUAUCCUUGGUGCCUUCCUUUCAGUCUGUGGCAAAGGAUUGAGAGAAGAGUUGGAAAAGCAGACAAAAUUGGUACAGAUUCUGGGAACCGUAGCAGAAAAAGUAAAACAAGCAAGUGGAUCUUCCAGACAGAUUGUCUUACAAAGCGGAAUGGAGCGUGUUCAGUCCAUUUUCUUAAAAAACAAGUGCCGUUUGCCUCUCAGUCCCAGCCUUGUAGCUAAAGAACUGAAUGUCAAGGCAUGUUCCUACUUUAGUUCUAAUGCAGUACCUCUUAAACUUGCUCUGGUGAAUGCAGAUCCCUUGGGAGAAGAAAUUAAUGUCAUGUUUAAGGUUGGAGAGGAUCUGCGUCAAGACAUGUUGGCGCUGCAGAUGAUAAAAAUUAUGGACAAGAUCUGGUUACAGGAAGGACUGGACCUGCGGAUGGUUAUCUUCAAGUGCCUUUCAACUGGCAAAGAUAGAGGUUUGGUGGAGCUUGUUCCAGCUUCAGAUACACUUAGGAAAAUUCAAGUAGAGUAUGGAGUGACAGGGUCCUUUAAAGAUAAGCCCCUUGCAGAAUGGCUAAGAAAAUACAACCCUACAGAAGAAGAAUAUGAAAAGGCUUCUGAAAACUUCAUAUAUUCUUGUGCUGGGUGUUGCGUGGCCACCUAUGUCCUAGGUAUCUGUGACCGUCACAAUGACAACAUCAUGCUUCGAAGUACAGGACAUACAUUCCAUAUUGAUUUUGGAAAGUUUUUGGGCCAUGCACAGAUGUUUGGGAGCUUUAAGAGGGAUCGGGCUCCUUUUGUGCUGACAUCAGAUAUGGCCUACGUUAUCAACGGUGGUGAAAAACCUACCAUCCGUUUCCAGUUGUUCGUAGAUCUCUGCUGCCAGGCUUAUAACUUGAUAAGGAAACGAGCCAACCUUUUUCUUAACCUCCUAUCACUGAUGCUCUCUUCUGGAUUACCAGAACUUACUGGAGUUCAAGACUUGAAAUAUGUCCAGGAUGCUCUUCAACCCCAAACUACAGAUGCUGAAGCUACAAUUUUCUUUACAAGGUUGAUUGAAUCAAGUUUGGGAAGUGUUGCCACAAAGUUCAAUUUUUUCAUUCACAACCUUGCUCAGCUGCGUUUUUCAGGCCUGCCUUCCAAUGAUGAGCCCAUCCUCUCUUUUUCUCCCAAAACAUACUCACUUAAACAAGAUGGUCGAAUCAAAGAAGUGUCUGUCUUUACAUACCAUAAGCGAUACAACCCAGAUAAAUAUUAUAUCUAUGUUGUCAGGGUUUUAAGAGAGGGGCAAAAUGAACCCACGUUCAUUUUUCGGACAUUUGAUGAAUUCCAGGAAUUCCACAACAAGCUUGGCAUCCUAUUUCCUCUUUGGAAGUUACCAGGCUUUCCUAGUAAGAUGGUUUUAGGAAGAACACACAUAAAAGAUGUAGCAGCCAAAAGAAAGGUGGAACUGAACAGCUACAUACAAAGUUUAAUGAAUGCAUCUGCAGAUGUUUCGGAGUGUGAUCUUGUUUAUACAUUCUUCCAUCCCAUACUUCGUGAUGAAAAAGCUGAAGGAAUAGAUGGAAUAGCCAAGUGUACAGAUGUGAGCCCUUCAAGUCCUACCUCGGGCAAAGUAGGAGGAGAAGUAAAACUAUCUAUCUCCUAUAGAAACAGCACUCUGUUUAUCAUGGUGAUGCACAUUAAGGAUCUGGUGACUGAUGAUGGCACAGACCCAAAUCCAUAUGUGAAAACAUACCUGCUUCCGGAUAUACAUAAAACUUCUAAACGGAAAACCAAGAUAUCACGGAAAACAAGAAAUCCAACAUUCAAUGAAAUGCUUGUAUACAGUGGAUAUAGCAAAGAGACCCUAAAGCAAAGGGAACUUCAGCUAAGUGUACUCAGCGCUGAAUCGCUGCGUGAGAACUUUUUCCUGGGCGGUGUCACACUCUCCUUAAAGGAAUUUAACUUGAACAAGGAGACUGUCAACUGGUAUCGACUUGCUGCUGUACCAUAUUUGUGAACCUGGCAGCUGAGAGAGGUGAAAAUAAGAACAGAAUUGAAUAAACUCAACUUCACCCAUAUUUGGUCACUUUUUCCUACUUGAAGAUAACUCACACACUUUAACAUAAAACAUGGCAACUUGGCAGAUUGCUGUUGGACCAGCCUUCACAAAGUUUAAACAGGGCUUCUGGAAAACCAGCUCUGCUUCAUGCUUUUACUGUAAUAAUAUCCAAGCAUUGCUGUAAAUGAAUUGUAUAAAUUUAAUAUCUGUGGAUAAUGAAGUUAUAAACCUUGACUAGAUGUUCCAAAUUAAAUCUAAGGGGUGUUUUUUUUUAAUUAAAAAAAUAGAUUAGAUUCAGUCACAUUUGAAUUGCUUGCCUGUUGAUAUAUUGGAAGCUUGCUUUAUGCUGCUGUUAUCGGACACAGUACCAUGUCAAAAAAUAUCAAAGUAAAAAAAAAAGAUUGCUCCUUGUCAGAAAAGAGUUAGUGGCUGUAGAAACUGUCAAAAGGGAGAUUUAAACAGACAGCUAGUGAGCAUUUGGACUCAUUAAAUCUCUUUGAGGCUAUUAUCAGAAUGAGUGCCGGUAAUGGAAGUAAUAAACAAUGGUGCCUUAUUUUGUCAUUCAGCUGCUUCUUAUACCUCAUUUCUGAUAAUUGUUUCUAAAACACUUUUUUAUCCAGCUUUUUU